GUCUACGCGGGCUCGGCCAUCAAUACCAAAGCAAGCACGACUGAGGUCCUGAUCGACCUCUCCUGCUACCUCCAAGAAGGUUCGAACGAUGACGGCAGCAUCUGGUGCGGCCUCAUCUUCAGCUUGUGCUACGACGGCUUCAAAGCAAGUAUGCCAGAGAUCCAAGCCGACUUCCACUGCUACCUCAAAGAUGUCCCUAACGACGACGGCACCGACAGCAUCGUCUGGAGCAGCCUCGUCAUCCGCGGGUGUCUCUACAUAAUCUCCUUGUCUCACAUGUAUCACAGACUCCAGCGUCCAGACCGCGUGUUGGACCACUUCACUCUUAUGACGUUUCACUGGAUGAAGUUGAAGGCGUUAGAUCGCAAGUCCCUACCCUCAG